AACCAACAACAACAACAACAACAACAACAAAAACGUCGGUUAAAUUGGAUUAAAUGUUUGUACUUGGAGCUAGAACACGUCUCAGUUUAUUUUUUGACGUGUUUUUUUUUAAGUUUACAUUAGAACAUGGUGUUCGCUAUAGAUUUUAAAUACGCACGCUUUAGUUCUAAAAGCGUUACACGCGUUUGACGUAUACGGGCAGGGGAGGGUGGGAAGAAGGAAGGUAAAAGUUUUAGGAGGAGAAGGACAGCAGGGUUGUUGUUUGUGUAGCUAAAUGUAAUCAGGGUAGUUGAGAAGUUGGCAUAAGCUGACAUUUAAGGAAGCGGUCCACCGAGAACUCCUGUACGCGUUUCGCGUUCUCAUGAACUUGUUACCCCAACUACACAAACGCAAGCCAUCAAGAGAACCUAAUCGCCGUGUCCUGGAAAGAAAUUUCAGUUCUGCAUCAUGGCUUCAGAUGCGUCUAGUGCCAUUGAUCUCCAGCCAAGGAAAAAUGAUGCCUUUCCCAAUCCUAAUGUUCAAGUGCCAGUCCCACCAGGAUAUGUGCCGCAGCAGACACCUGCCAUGAUGCCCAUACCUCAGAGACCCCUCGGCUGCCCUCCAGGACUGGAGUACUUGACCCAGAUUGACCAGCUUCUCAUUCAUCAAAAAAUCGAACUGGCUGAAGUUAUUUUAGGUUGGGAGACCUGUAAUAAGUAUUUGGUAAAGAACACGCUUGGGCAGCAGGUGUUCUUUGUGGCGGAAGAGAACGACUGCUGCAACAGGCAGUUCUGUGGCUCCUUGCGUUCCUUCAUCCUUCACGUCCAGGAUAACAUGGGUCAGGAGGUGAUCACCCUGACACGGCCUUUAAGAUGCGGUGGCUUCUGCUGCCCCUGCUGCAUGCAAGAGCUUGAGGUCCAGGCUCCAUCAGGCACCCCCAUUGGGUAUGUGGUUCAGAACUGGCAUCCUUACUUGCCCAAAUUUACCAUUCAGAAUGAGAGGCGAGAGGCAGUUUUGAAGCUUGUGGGACCAUGCUGUUCCUGUAAAUGCUGCUCGGACGUGAACUUUGAGAUCCUGUCCAUGGACGAAUCCAUAAAUUUGGGCAGGAUCAGUAAACAGUGGACAGGCUUCUUGCGGGAGGCUUUUACUGACGCAGACAACUUUGGAAUUAAGUUUCCCAUGGACCUGGAUGUGAAGAUCAAAGCUGUUCUUCUUGGAGCCUGUUUCCUCAUUGACUUCAUGUAUUUUGAAAAUAAUCAAAAGAAUAACUGAGAAGAUUGUUCCCUCCUGGGUCUGUUGUUCCAAGGGAAACUGAAGCUUCAGGUCUUUGCUGGACCUUUUCUUGCACUUUGAUACCCAUUAUGGAUAGCAAUAAAAUGCCAUAACAGAGCAGAAA